AUGAAGAAAUAUAUUGGCAAUAUGAAUGGAAUUUCAAAAUCAAAAUCAUCAAAAUCUGAUCUGAAAAGUCGUAAAUCUAGUUCUAGUUCAACUAGAUCCAAUAAACAUUCAUCUCCUCCUCCAGCUCCUCCUAUUGCCAACAAUCCAUUUGACAAUCCUACUUCCACUGUUGAAAAGCCAGUUAUUCAACAAACUGACGAAUCAACCACAACAUUAGGAGAAUCAUAUGCCGAGGUUCCUAAAGCUCAACCAUCAUGGUAUACACCACUUUCUGAAAUUCAACCAACUAUUCAAAGAUUAUCAAAUGGUUUCUUCCAAAAACAAAAAACUCAUUCAAUUCAAUUUAGAUUAAAUCAAUUAAGAAAUAUUUAUUUUGCAAUUAAUGAAAAUAUUGAUGAAUUAUGUGAUGCUUUAUAUAAAGAUUUUGGUAGAUCUCCUUCUGAAACAAAAAAUCUUGAAAUUAAUACCUCCAUAAAUGAAUUAGUUCAUAUUAUGGGUAAUUUACAUAAAUGGUUAAAACCAGAAACAGUCACUGAUGUCCCACUUGCAAUGAGAACAAAUCCAAUAUAUAUUGAAAGAAUCCCAUUAGGGGUUGUAUUGAUUAUUUCUCCAUUUAAUUAUCCAUUCUUUUUGGCCCUUUCUGCUGUAGUUGGUGCAAUUGCGGCUGGGAAUUGUGUGGUCUUAAAACAAUCAGAAUAUGUCCCUAAUUUCUCAAGAUUAUUUGGGAAUAUUUUAACCAAUGCUUUAGAUCCAGAUAUCUUUGCCGUAAUCCAUGGAGGAAUUCCUGAAACUACAUUAUUAUUGGAUCAAAAAUUUGAUAAGAUAAUGUAUACUGGUAAUAAUAUGGUUGGGAAAAUUGUCGCUGCUAAAGCUGCUGAAACUUUAACACCAACCAUUUUAGAAUUAGGUGGGAAAUCUCCUGCUAUAUUAUUGGAUGAUUUACAAGAUAAGAACAUUGAAACCGUGGCAAGAAGAAUUAUUUGGGGAAGAUUCACUAAUGCAGGACAAACUUGUGUUGCUGUUGAUUAUAUUUUGGUCCCAUCUAAGAUUCAUGAUAAAUUAGUUGAAGCGUUAGUUAAAAUUGUCAAUAAUGAAUUCUAUCCAAAUCUUGAUGAAAAAUGUACUAGUUAUACCCAUAUUAUUCAUGAUCGUGCUUUUGAAUCCAUUUCCAAGAUUAUCAAAACAACAAAGGGGAAAGUAUUAGUUGGAGGUUUAGAAACUGCUGAUCCGACCUCAAGAUUCAUUCCACCAACUAUUAUCGAUAAUGCAACUUGGGAAGAUUCUUCAAUGCAAGUGGAAAUCUUUGGUCCAGUAUUACCUAUUUUAACUUAUGACAACCUCGAUGAUGCCCUUUUACAAAUCACAAGACAUCAUGAUACUCCAUUAGCUCAAUAUGUAUUCACCAGUGGAUCAACCAAUCGUAAAUAUAACACCAAUUUAGACAAAGUGUUAACCACAAUCAGAUCAGGGGGAGUAAUCAUCAAUGAUGUCUUGAUGCACUGUGCAUUGGUGAAUGCACCAUUUGGUGGGGUUGGUCAAUCAGGUAUGGGAUCAUAUCAUGGAUAUUUCUCUUUCAGAAAUUUCACUCAUGAAAGAACAACCAUGGAACAAAAAUUAUGGAAUGAUUUUUUGUUAAAAGUAAGAUAUCCCCCUUUUAAUCAAGAUAAAAAUAGAUUAAUUAAGAUUUCUCAAGAAUCUUAUGGUGGGAAUGUUUGGUUUAAUAAAACUGAUGAUGUUGAUGUUUUUGGUCCAAGUUUUGUUUUCAGUGGUUGGAAUGGGUUUAAAGGAUUCUGUGGAAUGUUGUGUGAUUUUGCUACCAAGGGACUCUAA